AUGUCCAUCCGUGCGGUAGUACAGAGAACGGUGACUUAUGCGGUGCAUCAAUCUCCGCGAGCAAUCGUCCUGGAUAGCUGGGCCUCCGCCAGCCACUUGCCAUGGCAUUUGAGAAGACUGGCUAGACCCCCCUUUCUAUCGGAGGCAUGCUUCUUCAAUCCGCUCAUCAACCACUUGGAAAAAUUAAGGGAAGUUAAAACGACUGAUCGAAAAUCACAUGGGAAAGAGGAAAGUGGACACAAAUCACAAUGUAAAACGAAAGAUGAAUCAAGCCAUGCUUCCGCGGAACAAAAUCAACCGUCUCACGAUGAAAAUCAAGCUCAAGCCAAGAAUUUAAGUGGCAAAACAACGACAAAGCAGUCUGAAAAUAGUUCCAGUCAGAAUAACCGGGAUGAUAAUGAUGUAUACUAUAAAACAUCCAUUGCAAGGUGUAAGCCGUUCUCUCCAUGGUUUGGCUCCAUGCCAGCAUGGCCAUUAAGAUUUGUUGAAGAAGCAUUAGAUGAACUAUCGCCUCAAAGCAUGUUUCAACACCAUCUAAAAUUAAGAAACGCUAUGUACAAUCGCGCAUUUCCCCAAGAGAGCGAGGGGAAAAUGCAAGAGGAUAAUUCUUCUUCAAAACAAGCAAAUCAGAAUAUUGACAAGGCGAGAUACACCUAUCAUAAAUCGACCAUCACAAAAAGUAACGGAGAGAAGAAAGUGACUGUCACAAGAAGUAUUGGCGAUCGAAAGCAUACGCUAACAACAUUGAUUGAUGCAGAUGGCAAUCAGCAGACUACGGAGGAUUACAUCAAUGUACAUGAAAAUCAAGUGGAACAAUUUGAAACCGAUCUAAAAGCUUAUAGCCAAUAUGAAGGUAAAGAGUCCAUCAUGGAUAAUAAUAUUGGUAUAAAUGAAAAUCCUACAGAAAGUACAGCUUCUGCAUCCGCCGAACCGAGUCUAACUAAAGAUCAAUAG